AUGAUGACCACAUCCAACGACGAGGACCCGUUCCUCCAGGUGCAAGCCGACGUCCUGUCGGCGCUGGAUACGUCGCGUCCACUGUUUGCUUCCUACCGGCGCAUACGAUCCUCGGCCUCGUCGGCCAAUUCGCCCGAGCUCCGCGAAGCGCGCAAUGAGCUCGAACAGACGCUGCAGGAGCUCAGCCAGGAUCUCGAGGACCUCAUGGCUAGUGUCAAGGCGGUCGAGCACGACCCCUAUAAAUUCGGCCUGGAGAUUGACGAGGUUGAGCGGCGGCGGACGCUCGUCAAGGACGUGGGCGACGAGAUUGCGAACAUGCGCGACGAGCUGCAGCGCACCGUGCAGGAUGCCCAGAACAAGGGCAAGGCUGCCGCCAACGGAGACAUGCUGCCGGAUCCCGACUCGUUCGAGGACGAGGACGGCUUCGCGCAGUUCGAGCAAGAGCGCCAGAUGGAGCUGAUGCAUGAGCAAGACGAGCAACUGGACGGAGUCUUCCGCACCGUUGGCAAUCUGCGCCAGCAGGCCGACGACAUGGGCCGUGAGCUCGAGGAGCAGGGGGACCUGCUCAACGAUGUCGACAACGUGGCCGACAGAGUCCAGGGCAAGCUGCAGACGGGCAUCAAGAAGGUCGGCUGGGUCAUCAAGAAGAACGAAGACCGCUGGUCGAGCUGCUGCAUCGCGGUCCUCAUCUUUGUCCUCAUCCUGCUGCUGGUCCUGCUGCUCGUUCUCUGA